AUGGCCGCCACCGUGUCGGUCUUCCUAGACGCGUCGGUAGAGUUACCACUUCAUAAGGCUUGCAAGUUCCAGUCACUGCCGCUUCUCGAUCGUAUCUGGAACAGCACGGUGGAUGUCGAGCCAGGCCAAGACGCUGCGUGGUCUGUGCGGAACCUGCUUCGAACCGAGGCACCUCACUACCACCAGUACCAAUCCUCAAAGUGUCUCCUUGAAGCUAUUAAACUCAAGAAUUUGGCUUUAGUGGAAUGGUUGUUCGAACAUUUCCCAGACACUUACGUUCGCCCGGAAGUGGAGGCAGCCGUUGCAGCUGGAGCUCUCGGCAUCCUCAAGUACUUUCGUGCCAAUGACGAAGAAGUCAACAGCAAUGCUCAGUGGCCUCAUGAAGUGGAGUGGGGGGCCUUCGAUGCAAUCGAGGCGGCUCGAAAGGGCCACUGGGACGUCGUCAAGUGGCUGUUUGAAGAGAUCGAGGAGAGUCGAGACGAGGAAGCAACAUUUCGGACCAUGUAUAUGGCAGUGGAGAGUGGCGAUGUGGAGCUGGUGCGGUGGCAACUCGAGUUGGGGAUCCCCCUAACCGACGGGUUUUAUUCCGCGGCCGCGAAAGGCGCUAUCGACAUGCUUCGGACGUACUAUACGGAUCCUGCGAAUGGCACUGGAGUCCUGUUGAAAGCCGCUGAGAAUGGGCAUCUGGAUAUUGUUCGUUGGUUUCACGUUACCUCUAUUGGCGGUGAGGCCGGCCUCUCCAUCCACAUGGCUGCCGUGAAUGGGCAUUUAGAGAUUGCAAAAUAUCUUUUAGAUUGUGCCGACGCGGCACUGCCGCGUGCCCUAGAUUCCGCGGCUGGGUCGGGCCAUAUUCAAAUGACGAAGUGGCUUCUCGACCACUACAAGAUCUCGACUUCAGGAGCCAUGGAUGACGCUACGAAAAAUGGACGCCUGGACGUUCUUAAGUGGCUGCAUGAGCACACUCGCUCCACCUGCACGAAUGAGGCAAUGGACAGCGCUGCACGCGAGGGCCACUUGGAAGUCGUGAAGUGGCUACUCGAACACACUAACGCCCCUUGCACGAGUGAUGCGAUGGAUAGUGUAGCAGCAGGAGGACACCUUGGCAUCGUCAAGUGGCUGCACCACACUCGCAGUGAAGGAUGCACAUCCGACGCUAUGGACCAAGCUGCUUGUUGUGGGCAUCUCGAUGUGAUCAAGUGGCUACAUCGCAACGACUCUCAAGGUUGUACUGCCCGCGCAAUGCUUUGGGCUGCGGCGGCUGGAAACUGGCACGUGAUGAAGUGGCUUCACACGCACCGUCCUAAAGAUUGCACGUCCCCAGCGAUCGAUAAGGCUGCGUUAGCACGCGACUUCGAAGCCGUGCUGUUUCUGCAUCGAGCUCGGCAUGAAAGGCUGUCUGCGGAAGCGGCAAGAAAGACCGAGGAGAGUCGGUUCCCUGGACUUGCGGGGUGGGCGUCGUCCAAUUCGGAUGAACUUGAUGAAGAUUCAUCGUCCAAUUCGGAUGAACUCGAUGAAGAUUGA